AUGGGGCGAUUAAAUGGUACCAAGCUCGGUGCAUUCCGAGCCUAUUUCCUCGGUUUCUUUAUUUGUCUCGCUGGUUUCUUAUUUGGAUAUGACACCGGAAUUGUUGGUGGAAUCCUCGAGUUCAAGUCCUACAUGAGAGAUUUCGGUUACACCGAUGAAACUACCGUCGAUGCAGUAAUGGUCAGUCUGCAGAAUGCGGGCGCAUUCUUCUCGGCCCUGGCCGUCUUCUCCGUAUCCGAGCGCUUCGGCCGCAAGAAGACAAUCCAAACCGCCAUGGCGGUCUUCUGCUGCGGUGUCAUUCUCCAGGUUGUCCCCUCACAUUCGCUCGUCUGCUUCUAUAUCGGCCGUGUCGUCUCCGGUGUUGGUCUCGGUGCUGCGACCGCUGUCGUCCCCACCUACAGUGCCGAGAUGGCACCCAAGGAGAUCCGUGGUAUGCUGGGUUCCGGUGUACAGUGGCUCUUCGCAUUGGGUGUCAUGACCAGUUACUGGAUUGAUUAUGGCGUGGAGCAGACCUUGGCGGGACAGUCCAAGGAAUGGCAGAUCCCCGUUGGUCUGCAGUUGGUCCCUUCGACCAUCUUGGCCCUGGGUCUCUUUACUCAGCCGGAGAGUUGCCGCUGGUUGGCAAAGAAGGGACGCAUGGAGGAGGCGUGGCAGAGCUUGACCUGGAUGCGCGCUGAUGAUGGCCCCGCCGUCAAAGCCGAAUUCCACGAAAUCCAAAUCGGUCUCCAAGAAGAAGCAAAGGCCACCGAAGGUUUACAGAAGAAGGAACUCAUGCAACCCGCAAACCGCUACCGACUCCUUCUGGCAGCCCUCAUGUUCUGCGGCCAGCAAUGUACCGGCAUGACAGCCCUAGCCUACUACGGCCCACAAUUCUUCAAGAUCAUCGUCGGAAACGACAGCAGUCGCUCCCUCCUCGUAACCGGCCUUUUCGGAGCCGAGAAGUUUGUCACCGUCGGAACCUAUAUCCUCUUCUUUUCCGAGAUGUGGGGUCGCAAGCCGACACUUUUGGUCGGCAAUGUGCUCAUGGCAUGCUGCUUCAUUACCGUGACAGUCGUCAACAAAACAACCGACUCCCUAGACGCAGCCGGCAACCCCUCCAGCGCUGGAAUCGCUACCGUCUUCAUGAUCUUCCUCAGCAACUCAAUCUACCAGUUUAGCUGGGGUCCUAUUCCCUGGCCUUACACCACUGAGAUCUUCCCCUCCCGAAUCCGUGAGAUCGGAUCCUCGGUCGCGGUCUCUUCGCAGUGGUUGUUUAAUUUCUUAUUCUCACUCACUACACCUUACAUGAUUAAGGCAUGGGGUACAUACACUUUCCUCUUCUAUGCCGGUUUAGAUAUCGUUAUGGCCAUCUCUGUUUGGUUUUUCGUGAAGGAGACGAGAGGCAAGUCCCUUGAAGAGAUGGAGAGUAUCUUCCACAGUGCGGCUGCCUUCGAUGUGGAGAUUGCUCGUCAUGAAGGCGAGGCGAUCCCUGAUGACACCUUUGCUGCACUUGAGGUGCAUGGAAAGAGUCCCGAUACUAAGAAGAGUCAUGACUCCUCGGAUUAA